GGAGAGGGGGACCGACAUGGGAGCGUGCGUGUCGACGCCGCAGGAGUGCGUGGGGGGGCGAUUGCGGUCGUCGAGGAGGAAGGCGGCCCACGGGAGGAAGGGGAAGGUCAAGCGGCGAGUCGCGUCCCGCUUGUCCGACGGAUCGCUCGACAGGAUCGAUCGGUCCAGGCCUCGCGAUCGCUCGUUCAACAAUCAACCCAGCGUCCAAGGAAGCACUGAUGAAGCAUGGUAUGACUCACUGCCAAUUUUUGAGUCAGACUGUGAUGAAGACUACAAGAGUGUUGCAGAUGAUGUACUGUCUCUAAGUGGCUUUGAAGGAGUAUCUAGACAAAGCACUGCAUCACUAAGGGAUCCCAUGCACGGAGAAAGUAAUACCAGCUUACAACAUGUGUCUUCUCUAGAUCAUGUGCAUAAACCAGGCGAUAUGUCAAUUGGAAACUCGGCCCACAACUCUGUUAGCGAGGUUGCUAGGAACUCUAUGCAUCAUGUCCUGAAUUCGGAUGACACUGAUAGCCAUCAUAAACUGUGUGAACAUCCAAGUGAAGCUAAGAAACCUGUUUUUCUCAAUGAUAUCUCGACUGGGGAUGAAAAUUCUGGAAAGGAGGAAGGACUCCUGGAUAACUGUGGGAUUAUACCCAACAAUUGUCUUCCUUGUCUAGCUUCAACCGUCCCAUCUGUUGAAAAGAGAAGAUCACUAAGCUCCAGUCCACCAAGCGCAAGAAAAAAAUCUGCUUCUAAACUUUCCUUCAAAUGGAAGGAUGCACAUAGUAAUGGCACUCUUUUUUCAUCAAAGACGCUUCUUCAGAGGCCCUUAGCAGGUUCCCAGGUCCCAUUUUGCCCAAUUGAUAAGAAAAUGUUUGAUAGUUGGUCACAUAUAGAGCCAAGUUCCUUUAAAGUUCGAGGAGAGAAUUAUUUAAGGGACAAGAAGAAAGAUUUUGCUUCAAAUCAUGCUGCCUAUUAUCCAUUUGGGGUUGAUGUAUUCUUAACUCAACGCAAAAUAGAUCAUAUAGCUCAAUGUGUAGAACUUCCUGCUACCAGCUCUUUUGGGAAACUCCCACCCAUCCUUGUUGUUAACGUUCAGAUACCCUUAUACCCAGCCACAAUUUUUCAGAGUGAAACUGACGGGGAAGGAAUGAGUUUUGUGUUAUACUUUAAGCUUUCGGAUAGCUAUGCAAAGGAGCUUCCACCACAUUUUCAAGAAGGUAUUAAGAAGUUAGUAGAUGAUGAGGUCGAAAAGGUCAGAAGUUUUCCUGUGGAUACUUUCGUCUCUUUCCGAGAAAGAAUAAAGAUAUUGGGCCGUGUUGCAAAUGUGGAAGAUCUGCACCUGAGUGCAGCUGAGAGGAAGCUUAUGCAGGCGUACAAUGAAAAACCAGUUCUUUCACGCCCACAGCAUGCGUUUUACCAUGGAGAAAAUUACUUGGAGAUGGAUCUGGAUAUGCAUAGGUUCAGUUAUAUCUCUAGGAAAGGUUUUGAAGCAUUCCUAGACAGAUUAAAGCUCUGCAUCUUGGAUGUCGGCCUCACAAUUCAGGGGAACAAGGCCGAAGAGUUGCCAGAGCAGGUCUUAUGCUGUGUCAGACUAAACGGAAUUGACUACAAGAACAAGAAUUAUCAACAACUGGGGUUAAGUCAAAUUCAAGAUCCCCUUUAACCUAUAAAUUGAUUCAUAUGUCGCGAGUGUCCCAGCAGUCCUGUCACUCAGCAUAGGUUUCCAACUAAUAAAAAUAGCUGAUUUUCUCGAGUAGCCUGUUUGCUGUUUGUGAAUCUUCUCCCCCACUGCCGAGUCCCAAGUGAGGUGCUUGCGUCGUGUUCACAUCUACACCAUGGUCCGAGUUGAGAAAUUUCGAGUUCACAUACGCUACUUCAGAACCUCCGGGCCAUUGUAACGGAUUGGCUUUCCGGUACAUGGGUAGAAUGAAGGUAUAAGGUCCGGCAAUACUUCCUCAAUCAUCAGGAACUCAUAACGAGGAUUUCUCUCGCCCACAUGUUAGCUAGUACUUGCUUAAAAGCUAAGGUCAUGUGGUCGUGGCGCAAGAACCGACGACUAAGGGGGACAGAUUUUUACCAUCCAAACGCUGGUGACCUUUUUCAUCGCUUUUUUCUUUGCACUGCGAACGUAACCUGAGAGAACAUAAGAAAAAAAGCCAACCGAUUGAGGUCAUAGGACAUCAAUGAUACACAAUCUUCCCCAUUGUCUUGAU